CAAGGGUGACAGAUUAUUCAAUAUGGCGUCGCAUUGACUCCAGGGGAGAGGCACUGCACAAAUUCGACCUGAAUGUGUCAUCGGAGGCAGGUGUAGACUCCGCCGCCGCAGUCCCCGAGCACCGAGCGGCCCCCGUGGCCGCCUCCUUGCACGACUCCGUCAUCGGAGCCGCCUCCGGCGUUCGCCCCCGGCCUCCGCGCGCAGCGGUGCCGCCUCCAGGUUCCAAUGGGCCUGAGGUGAGCCAGAGGAGUUUUCGCAUUGGUAGAGACAAAAGAAAUGUCGAGGAACAUGAGAUCGUUCAACAUCAGUGUGGUCGGAGUGUCCGGCACAGAGAAGGAAAAGGGUCACUCAGGAGUUGGCAAGUCAUGUCUCUGCAACAGGUUUGUUCGUUCGGAAGCCGACGAGUACAAUGUGGAGCACAUCUCUGUACUGAGUCAGAUGGACUUCAGCUCCAGGGUGAUCAACAACGAUCACUUUCUCUACUGGGGGGAAGUCCUCAAAAGUUCCGAGGAUGGCGAGUUUCUCUUUAAUGUGGUAGAGCAGACUGAGUUCAUUGAUGAUGCCUCAUUUCAAGCUUUUAAAGGAGGCAAAAUGGAGCCGUAUAUCAAGCGAUGCUGUGCCACAAAACUUGCCUCGGCCGAAAAACUUAUGUACAUCUGCAAAAAUCAGCUAGGUAUCGAAAAGGAGUAUGAACAAAAGGUGCUGCCAGAUGGCAGGUUUAGUGUCGAUGGGUUUGUUUGUGCAUUGGAUGUGUCCACAGUGCCCAGCAGGUCCAUUGAGAAACAAGUUGAGUAUAUUAGUGGAAUUUUAAAUAACCUGAUGAAGACAAAGAAGCCGGUGGUGCUGGUAACUACAAAAAAUGACGAGGCCAACGAGCUCUACGUCAAAGAAGCUGAAAGACUGGUGCAGCGGAAAGAGUUCAAAGGCGCUCUCUUGAUGAUUGAAACUUCCGCCCAUGAGAACAUAAAUGUAGACCAGGCCUUCAUUGCUCUUGCUCAGCUGAUAGAUCGCAGCAAGGGACGGCCUAAGAUUGUCCCAUUUCACGAGGCAGCCCGUAUGAGAAAGGAGCAACUGGACAUGGCAACGGAAGGUUUCCAGCGUUUAAUACGCAAUCAGGUUCAAGACUACCACUGUGUUUGGAGCCACACAAGCAAGAAACUCUCUGGUCACCCUGACUUCAUCAACUUCGUGGCCCUCCUCGGAAUAGACAGUGCUCAGAGACAAUUCCGUCGGCACGUGAAACGUCUCAAAGAUGAGCAACUUUCCGCUCGCCUCAAUAACUACAUGGAUAUGCUUCCAGAAAUCCUACAGGAGAUGGUUCCUGACCUCAAUACUCUACACGAUGGUGAUUGGCCUCUUGUGCAACAGCACAUCAAAGACCACCCUGAUUUUAAUCAGUAUUUCUUCGAGUGUCCUGAGGACAUGUCCUGGAUGGAGCUUGACGAGACCCAAGACGAGGGGCGCAUUCCUUAUGACGUGCUGGACACUAUUGAGGCGGAGACUGUGUUUAAGAACCACCUCAAUGUUCUCCAACAGGAGCAGAAGAGAUUAGAACUUCCUAGAAGAUGGCGCAAGCAAUUCAAGCAGCUGCUAGAGGAAACUGGGUAUGUUACUCCUGGCAAAUUGCUAUCUGAAGUGCGGGUACUCUUUAUGGGUAGAGAAUGCUUUGAGGCACUUUCUGAGCAGGACUGCCAGCAAAUUUAUGAUCUGCACCAGAAAGAGAUUAUCGACAAAGCCAAGCACAAUUUCCAAGAGCUGCUACUUGAGCAUGCGGAUCUGUUUUACCAUUUCAAGAGCAUAGCGCCGUCUGGAACAAUUACACAAGACGACAUAAAAGACAUCACCGAUGCACUACAAGAGGACUCGCGCUACAAGGCACUAGACAGACUUGACCAGGACCGCAAACUGAUGCUCUUCCAGCAUUUAGGAUUUGUCCACUGCCCCAUUCGAGAACACUGCCCUGCAUUCCCUAACUGCAUGGAUGCUCUUAUCGAGCGAAUUCUUGCUACAAAGGCUCAUAGGCCAUCUUCUUGGAAUAGGAGUAGUCAAUGGUUGCUGAGUGCUGAUAGUAAUAAAUUGAAUCUGGUUCUCCUUGGUAUUGAUGGUUUGGCAGAGGAAUUAGCUACAGAGAUUAGGGCACAAUGUGAAGAUGACGAGUAUGAAUUUGAGUGUCAGACUUACGGUUUGGACUAUAGGAUAAUUGAUGGAGAUGUCUCUUUGCCUCAGAACUCAUUCAGAACGUCAGAUUUUUUGCCACACGGCUGUUUCUGUGUUUACUCCAAUCCCGAGUCCUUUGAGUAUGUGAGAGACAGUCUUGAGAAAACUCUGUUGUCAAACCUUGAGCAAGAGGAUCGUUUGCCCUUCCAAGGCCUGCCCAUAGUCAUUCUCUUCUCCUGCGAUCCAUCCGUUGACGAAAAAGAAGCAAUGCAUCUUCGGGAGGAGGGCCAGUCCCUUGCUGAUAGCUUGCAAUGCCCUUUUAUCGAUGUGUCUAUCGACGAGUCAGUGUCAGGAGGUGAUUGCCAGAGGUUUAACUCUGUGCUGAUCUCAGACGCCCUUCGACAGCUGGUUCAGUCUAUCCAGCACAGGGCAGGGUUCCUCAACAUCUAUCAGUCAGUUGUAGAAUACAGUGAGCCAGAUAUUCGGAUAAUAUUGUGUGUUUUCUGCGGAGACCCCUAUUCUGUUGAACAUGUGCUAAGUCCUUUGCUGAGCCACCAGUGCUGCUUCCUUUCGGGAGACCGCAGCAUCAUCCUGGAAACCUUCCUAGGCGAUUCAAAGCGUAAGGUUGAAGUUAUCAUCUCGUCAUUCCACGGCGCUAAUGCUUUCCGCGAGGAGCUCGUCCAUGGGUUCGUGCUUGUCUACUCAACAAAACGAAAAGCCUCCCUAGCCACCCUAGAUGCAUUUUCUGCCAACAUUCCAAAUCUGCCAAUUCAAAUUUUGGCCGUGACUGACUCCGGUGGUGCAAAUGCGUUCUUUAGUAAUGACCUAAGCCACCAGCUCAUUGCAGGUGGUAAUAUUGUGGCAGACAGACUCGGUGCCCACUUCAUGACUUCAGCUGCCACUGCCCAACAGAAAACUGCGUUUUUCACACCGUUCUUCAAAGAGGUUUGGGACAAGAAGCCAGAGAUCGAGCAGGCGUUCAAUAUGGAAGAGCCUGGACAGCUAGACGACUCUGGUGAAGGCACCCUAGAGAGAUCCUCGGGACGACACCACCCUCGACCGCCACCCCGCCACGAAAGCUAUCACAUCAAGGCUUCUAACUCCAAUGAUGGGAGUGGCAGUGAAAUUUAUGAGCGACUGCCAACGGACGGUUCAAUGGGUGAUGAGCUCGAUGAUCAGCUCUCGCCAACAUUCCCUGAUGAUCAGGGUCUGUCGGCCAGUGAGGAUUCCGAGUACUCUGUCGAGCUGUAUCACCAGGAAAAUGGCGAGCACCAUCUAGUCAAGCCAUCUGACAUAAAAAACCGCAGAAAGUUGCAUCAAGGUUUUGAGGUGUAUCCGCCCCCAACUACCCCACCAGAGCCGGCCCCUCCUGACCACCCCCCGCAGCGCUCCAGACUGAGCAAGGCGUCGGCCUCGCUGCCCACAGGAUCGCACUCGAGCCUCGAGGAGAUCACAUCUGACAUAAGCGGCUCCCGGGAGUCGUUGGCCACUAGAGGUGACUCAGACAAGGAAGACAAUGAGUUGUUGUUCAACAGCUAUGGUAUGCAUGCGUUCACUACUGGAAGACGACACCUGACUUCCAAGUCGACCCGUCCAAAGGGCAACAGUCAAACCCUCAAGCAGCCUGGCAAGUUGAAUAUGGAAAAAUUUUCCAACUUGGAUGUCGCUUUGAAACGAAUGAAUCCCGAACCGGCAAAAGAGGCCAAGGCCCGAGAGGCUUGGGCCAGAAGACACGCUCCCCUCGCCAAGUCCGAGGACUUUGAGCAGGUUAAAGAUGCUCUGCAGGGUGGCUUCCAGUACGACGGCGAAUUCAGUUAUAUGCCUCAAGAUACUUUGUCUGGCACUAACAAAUCUCGCUUGCGUCAAAGAAGAGACAAGGGACAUAGACAAGCGUACACUGACUCGGACAGUGAUUGGAGCAGCCUGGAACGCCGCAAGCUGGCCGCCGAGAUGUACCGUGGAGGCGCCGGGGUUGGUGGCCAAGGCCGCAAGUCCACCCCGCACAAGCGGACCCGCAAGAAGAGGGCGGCCAUUCCCGUGGCUACGCCGCGCGUCCCACCCUUUGGAGACGCGGCCGCCGCCAUGCUCAGCUAUCGCUUCAAGGACGACAAAGUGAGUGAAUCAGGCUCGGACGAGAGUGAAGAAGAGCCACGGACAUUGCCCCCGAGGCCGCACAAGCAUCCCCUACGAAGGCCUGUUGCACCGCCGGUAAUUCCAAGGCACUUCGCCUACCACCAGUCAGGCAAAUACAAACUGGAAGGAACUUUUGGCCCUGAGGAAGAGUCCAGCUUGGAUGUUUCAUCACCACGAGAUGUCAACUCUCCAAUGGGUCUCUUAACAAUCCAGGACCACCACCAGAUGUAUCAAGGUCUACAAGGCUAUGGUGCUCCUCCAGCUGAUUACGGAGGUGGUUCAAAGAAGGAUGAAAAGACAUCACGUAAGGAGAAGCAAAAGGCCAAGGAGGAAGAGAAGCGCCGGCAGAAGGAGGAAAAGAAACUCGACAAAGACCGCAAGAAGGCGGCAAAGGCAGCAGGCAGUAAAGUUGCCGUCAAAGGGCCUUGUUUGGCUGACUUUGCGCAGUCUAAGCAGAAUGCCGUGCCGCUAAUCAUUGAAAAGUGCGUUCAGUUCAUUGAAAGCGAAGGUGUCGACUCGGAGGGUAUCUACAGAGUGCCUGGAAACCGCGCCCAUGUUGAACUGCUCUUCCAGAAGUUGGAAGAAGAUCCCAACGUAAAUGUGGCAGCACUAGACAUUCCUGUGAACGCGGUGGCCACAGCUUUGAAGGACUUCUUCUCAAAACGUUUGCCACCAAUUUUCACUGAGGAGGCCAUGGACGAGCUGGAGAACAUCUCAGUGGACAAGGCCAGGAGAGCCCUUGACUCACAUGUGAGAACCUCUGAUCGGAGUAUGCGCCUUCUUCAGCUUAGGGAACUCCUCACUAAGAAACUGCCAGACGAAAACUUCCAGGUGCUCAAAUUCAUAUUCCAGCAUUUUGUCAAGGUGGCUGAAAACUGCAAGCUGAACAGCAUGGACACCAAGAACCUGGCCAUCUGCUGGUGGCCAACCUUGUUGCCAUACGAGUUCAGUGACAUGGGCAAGUUUGAGCAGAUGCGGCCGCACCUUGAGGACCUGGUGCAAACCAUGAUCGACCAGUUCCCCUUCCUCUUCUGCGGAAAGGAGGCCUUCGUCAUGGUUUAGUGUCUCUCAGUAGACUUUGUGAUAAAAAGAAAAACGCGUACACACAUAAACACACAUUUAACUCACACACACACAAACACAAUUUGUCAGUUCUAAGUCAUCAAUGUGGUCAAUGAAUGUCGCACCGCAGCGCUUGCGCAGCCCCUCCCCGUCCAACCUUGGAUCUUCUGGAGCUGAGGAGCCCCCCUUUGUAUGGAGAACACGUGUGAUUCCUGUACUUAACUCCUUCUUGGAUUGAUGUGCUUUUACCUCCUUGGACCGAUUCGCACGAUGGGGCUGCUUCUCCGCACAAAUCAUUGAAUUUUACUUGCGAUUUUGUUUAGAUUGAUGCCAAAGAUUUUAAAAAAUGAUCUUUUUAAGUGGGCGACUUUUGUAUUUUUGCUCGUCGAGAGGUUUCUCUCUUGCACUAGACAAGUGCAGCAGUCGGAGCAGCGUCUCUUUUUGAUGCAUUCGUGCCAUAAAUCGCCAUUUUGCUGGAUCUCCUGCAGAUACCACUUUUGCAUUUCUAAAUGUUAGUACACGAGGCUCGCCAGUUUUUCGGCUAGUCGUGUUGCCCGUAACUUCUAUGAAACUUUUUGUAAUCCGCCGUGGCGCAGCCUCAGAGUAGAUAAAAUGACAAUGGCGCUUUUUAGUCAACUAUAAACACCGACAUGAUAAAUUAUUAAAAAGCCUCUCGGCUGACGAGGAAGUUUUUGCUAAAUUAUGGGCUUCCGAAACUGAUCGAAAUUUCUAUUGGACUUAUAACUAAUUCUUGUACUGAAUUGGCCCAAAAACUUCCUUGUGGCAUUUGAACUGAAACCCUGUUGGGUAUUUUUAUACGCAGUAUUUUAAUUAGGCACAAAAGCAGUCCCAUCAUCACAACUAAUAAUAAAGUUAAGAGGGGAGGGGGUGGAAUUCAGGAGAUUUUAAAGCACAUCUAAGGAGCCCUUUUUUAUUGUUUUGGGUGCGUGAGCAUGUUGAGUGAUUUUUGUGCACGGCGAAUAUGCCGUUUAUGGAAAUUUAAAAAAUAACUCGGGGAUCGGCUCAACUCGGCGUUUGUAAAUUUUUCUUAGUCGUACUCUCUGGGGGAGGCGUGCGUGCAUGCGCGGCGCGUCAGCUCUCUGCUCGUCUGUCUAGCACUAGAGUGGACAAGUUUGUCCGAUUUUGCAGGCCCAGCUAUCUCUAUCUCUUUCUUGUAACCCCAAGUGUAUCUCGGCCAAUAAAAGAUGCAACUGAUCAAUACUCGGUCAACUAUAAGUUAAAUAA